CACAAUCAACAAGUAAGGUGAAUGAGACCGAAAAAAAUAUACUAUAAGGAUUAUGAAAGUUUAUCAUCAAUCUAUAAUAAAAUGAAUUGUAUUUGAUAUAAAUCGUAACAUAUCGAAUGAAUUUAAAUUAAAUUUCUUAAUGGGUUUUGUUUGUGUAUUUUGAAACGAGAAUUUAUCAUCAUCAUCAUCAUCAUCAUUAAGGAAAAACUUGUUCUUUUUCUGGGCGUAUCGAUUUUAUACCUGUUAUAUACAAAAGGAAAAAACUUUCAAUUUUGACUAAUGAAUUCUAUCGUUUUGUGUGUGUGUGUGUAUGGAUAAAUCCAAUAUAGUACGAUUCAAACUGUCAUCGUCAUCAUUGAAUUCAGAAUUGAAAUAUCAUUGUCAUCAUUUAUUAUAAAAAUUAACAACAACAGUAUUAAUCAUUAGAAGAUUCGUCACCGUUAAAUAAAAAAAAAAUUCAAAUGUCAAUCAAAACACACACACACACACACAUUCAAUUUGAACAUCAAACAAACAUAUUGAACGAACCGAAACGAAUAAAGACUAAUGAACAAACGUUUGACAACUCUAUAUUUCCGCAUUUGUACACAUUCAAAUUGUUUGAAAUGGAAAAAAAAUUUAUCCCAAUCUCAUAAUAGAACAUUCGUAAAUCUAUAUAUUUCAUAAUUGUUACCAUACCGACGACACAGUGAUUACUAUUAUAUUAUUACUAUUAUUAUUCACGUUAACCAAAAACGAAAAAAAAAUCCCCAACACACCCGAAUUUCUUCUAUAUCGAUUAAGAGUGACCGAAACUAAUGUGAUCUUUGCAGUGUCACCAUCGAAUAGGACAAUAAUCGAUACACUACAAGAUUUGAAAAUCUGUUCAAAUAAAAUCAAAAUCAACCAAGCGAUCAUGAAAAUAAUGUUACAUCAUUCAUCAUCAUCAUCAUUAUUAUUCAAAAUGAAUUCUAGUUUGUUGACCAUAGUUUGGGCAUCAAUCUUGUCACUCAUCAUUUUUCAAGUUCAUCAAGUAUCAUCAUUGUUUUGCUAUUCUUGUGUAUCAACCACACCGGGCUGUACACUGGAACAGGUUAGCUGGUGGAUCUAUUCAUCAAUCACCUGUCCAGAAUCGGAUGAUAAAUGUAUUAAAAUUAUUGAACAAGAUGGAGCCGAUAUACGAGUUACACGUGAUUGCCUAUCAAAUGUUAUGUCAUUACGUGAUGAUGUACCGGCCGAUCGCUUUGAAGGAUGUCGAUCGGCAGCACAAAAUCCUAAACGAGCGGUUCAUGUUGACAAUGCAAUCGGUGAAUUAGAUUUAAAGAAAAGUUCAUUCAUAAAUACAACAUAUUGUUUUUGCGAAUUCGAUCAAUGGUGCAAUGGAUCAUCAUCUAGAAAUUCAACAUGGACGAUUUUAGUCACAAUAUUUAUGUUGUUGGUUUAUUGGAUAUAAUGAAACAUAAACCAAACAUAAUUUUUUCCUGAAUCACGAAAUUUCGAUUGUUAUUUUGGAUGCAAUAAUUUUGAUAAUAAUUAUUAUGUAAAUAUUAUUCGAAUUCAAGCUGUUUUUUCAAACAAAUUUUUAAAAUAACUUAGUAAAUAAAUCUAUGUUUGACUGAAUAUAACCAAGUUUAUCGAGAUUUGGCAAACAAACACAUGUUUGAUCAUUGGUGGCGGACCACACAUAAGAAUUAAUGUAUCUUCAUUGGGUGGUGGUAAAUGUUUCGAUAUCAUUUCAUCAUUUAUAGAGCCGCGGUACUAAUGGAAACGAAAUGAUUUAAAUUUUAGAAAAUAAAUGGAAGAAUGUACAGAACAAUAGAAAUUUAUAAAAUUUCUCAUGGCAACCAUAAGAGUGAUUAUAA